AUGACGAGCAAAAUGACAGUUGAAUCUAGUGUUAGCGACGAGGAGUUGAAUAGCCGUUUGCUCUCUCUCACUCACUCAUCACUCCCCCCACAUCGUUCUCUUCUUCUUCUUCUUCACUCCCGCCCGCCAAGAGAAUUAAUUCACUAUCCAUAUCCCUUAAUUUCCAUGGCCAAGGACGUUGAAGUCGGCGAGCAUGGCGGUGCCUUCUCUGCCAAGGACUACCAGGACCCGCCCCCGGCCCCUCUCAUCGACCCCGAGGAGCUGACCCAGUGGUCCUUCUACAGGGCCAUCAUCGCCGAGUUCAUUGCCACCCUCCUCUUCCUCUACAUCACCGUCCUGACCGUCAUCGGCUACAAGAGCCAGACCAACCCCGCCGAGGCCAAUGACCCCUGCGGAGGCGUCGGCAUCCUCGGCAUCGCCUGGGCCUUCGGCGGCAUGAUCUUCAUCCUCGUCUACUGCACUGCCGGCAUCUCCGGCGGCCACAUUAACCCAGCAGUGACAUUCGGGCUGUUCCUGGCGAGGAAGGUGUCGCUGGUCCGAGCCAUCAUGUACAUGGUGGCUCAGUGCCUGGGAGCCGUCUGCGGCUGUGGGCUGGUGAAGGCGUUCCAGAAGGCUUACUACGUCAGGUACGGCGGGGGCGCCAACGAGCUCGCCCCCGGCUACAGCACCGGCACCGGACUCGGAGCUGAGAUCAUCGGCACCUUCGUCCUCGUCUACACCGUCUUCUCAGCCACCGAUCCCAAGCGAAACGCCAGAGAUUCCCAUGUCCCUGUUUUGGCACCACUCCCCAUUGGAUUCGCAGUGUUCAUGGUCCACUUGGCCACAAUCCCGAUCACCGGCACCGGCAUCAACCCGGCCAGAAGCUUCGGAGCCGCUGUGAUCUAUGGCAAAGACAAGGCCUGGGAUGACCAGUGGAUCUUCUGGGUUGGGCCUUUCAUCGGCGCAGCUGUCGCCGCCUUCUACCACCAGUACAUCCUCCGAGCUGGGGCGGUGAAAGCUCUGGGAUCCUUCAGGAGCACCGCCUGAUCGCAUGCGUUUGUUGAAGCUGAAGAACUGGGAACUUGGUAAUCUUGAGGUUAAGAGGGGGAAUUAAUUGGGGCCAUGGAUGGGGAAAGAAAGAAAGAGAAGCUGUAAAUAAGAAGUGCUGGGGCACUGGUUUUUGUCUUGCCGGUGCCGCCAUUGUUAUCAUUUUCUUGCUCUGGAUUCCGUCUUACCUUUCUCUUUUGUCUGUUUGUUUGCUCUGCUGCUGUGCUGUGGGCUCGUGGGUCAUGUUGUUGUUAGCAUUUUAAUAUUAAUAUAUUACCAGCAAGUGCUUUUGUGUUUGUUUA